AUGGAGGUUUUUCUAGCCUUGGCAGGACUAGUUGUAUUAGCUUUUCUCUGUAAAAUUACCACUUCUCGACGCCCAGUUAACCGGAAGCUACCACCGGGUCCAAAACCAUGGCCCAUCAUUGGCAAUUUGAACCUACUUGGUCCUAUCCCACAUCAAUCUUUUGACUUGCUUUCCAAAAAAUAUGGAGAGCUGAUGCUACUGAAAUUUGGCUCCAGGCCAGUUCUUGUGGCAUCAUCUGCUGAAAUGGCAAAACAGUUUCUAAAAAUACAUGAUGCAAAUUUCGCCUCCCGUCCUCUGUUAGCUGGUGGAAAGUAUACAAGCUAUAACUAUUGUGACAUGACAUGGGCACCGUAUGGUCCCUAUUGGCGCCAAGCAAGACGAAUUUACCUGAACGAGAUAUUUACGCCAAAAAGGCUAGACUCGUUCGAGUACAUCCGUGUUGAAGAAAGGCAGACCUUUAUUUCCCAGCUAAAUUCUCUUGCUGGGAAGCCAUUUUUUCUGAAAGACCAUUUGUCACGAUUUAGCCUCUGUAGCAUGACAAGGAUGGUUUUGAGCAACAAGUACUUUGGUGAAUCAACAGUUAGGGUGGAAGAUUUGCAGCACCUAGUAGACCAAUGGUUUUUACUUAAUGGUGCUUUUAACAUUGGAGACUGGAUUCCAUGGCUCAGUUUGUUGGACCUGCAGGGGUAUGUGAAACAAAUGAAGGCUUUGAAAAGAAGUUUUGAUAAGUUCCACAACAUUGUGCUAGAUGACCACAGGGCUAAGAAGAAUGCAGAGAAGGACAUGGUGGAUGUCUUGUUGCAGAUGGCUCAAGACCCUACUUUGGAAGUCAAACUCACAGAUGAUUGUGUCAAAGGAUUAAUGCAGGAUCUACUAACCGGAGGAACAGAUAGCUUGACAGCAGCAGUGCAAUGGGCAUUUCAAGAACUUCUUAGACAGCCAAGGGUUAUUGACAAGGCAAUCCAAGAGCUUGACCAGGUUGUCGGAAAGGAGAGAUGGGUAGAAGAGAGAGAUUGUUCACAGCUAUUGUACAUUGAAGCAAUUAUCAAGGAAACACUAAGGUUACAUCCUCUUGGAACUAUGCUAGCACCACAUUGUGCUAUUGAAGAUUGUAAUGUGGCUGGUUAUGACAUAGAGAAAGGAACGACCGUUCUGGUGAAUGUUUGGACCAUUGGAAGGGACCCCAAGUACUGGGAUAGAGCAGAAGAGUUUCUCCCAGAGAGGUUCCUAGAAAAGGGCAUUGACAUGGAUGGACAUAACUUUUCCUUCUUGCCAUUUGGCUCGGGGAGAAGGAGGUGCCCUGGCUAUAGUUUGGGACUUAAGGUUAUCCGAGCAACUUUAGCCAACAUGUUGCAUGGAUUCAUCUGGAAAUUACCUCAAGGUAUGAAUACAGAAAGCAUAAGUGUGGAAGAACAUUAUGGGCUCACAACACAUCCAAAGUUUCCUGUUCCUGUGAUCUUGGAAUCUAGACUCUCUUCACAUCUCUAUUCCCCUAAGUGAAGGAACUUUUGGAUUACU